GUAACGUUACAGUAGCUUUUCUUCACCUGAAAGGAGACACAGAGAACCGCAACCAUGUCUGAAGCGCCGCCAAAACCAAAGUCGAAGAUCUCUGCAUCUCGCAGACUCUUCUUGAAGACUAAGCUGGUGAAGAAGGCCAUGGCUAUGUUGAUGGCUGAAAAGGAGCAGAAGGUGAUUGACAGAGAAAGCACACUGAAUGAACGAGUCCCAGCACUCAACCUCUCUGGGCUGUCUGUACAGGACCUGCAGACUCUUUGUAAAGAACUGCACCAGAAAAUUGAUGUUGUUGAUGAAGAGCGGUACGACAUCGCAAUGAAAGUCUCCAAAAGUGACGCAGAGAUUGAAAAUCUGACCAUGAAGAUCAUUGAGCUGAAGGGCAAGAAGCGACCUCAGCUGAAGAGGGUGAGAGUAUCAGCUGAAGCCAUGAUGGGGGCCCUGCUGGGAGCCAAGAUCAAAGAGUCUGUCGACUUCAAGGCCAACCUCAAGACUGUCAAGAAGGAAGAGGAGAAGAAAGAGGAAGUGACUGAUUGGCGUAAGAAUGUGGAUGCCAUGUCUGGCAUGGAGGGCAGAAAGAAGAUGUUCGCUGCUUCCUCAUAGCCACGGGUGGAACGAUGACAUCAUUAUGACUUCUCAGUGUUUAACUUACAUUAUGACAGUCAAGGAACAGAGUUAGUUUGCAUGGUGUUACGUAGCUACAGAGUCUCUUGCGUUGUUAUGUGUACAUAUGUUUUGUGUGUGCACGCAAAUCACAUUUAAAUCAUAUGAUAAUUAUCGUCACUCAAUGGAAAAUUAUGUUUUAUCUUUAUGUAAUAUGUUAUGGAAUGUGGUUAUUAUAUACACUACCGUUCAAAAAUGUGGGGUCACGUAGAAAUGUCCUGGUUUUUGAAAGAAAAGCACAUUUUUUGUCCGUUAAAAUAACAUCAAAUUGAUCAGGAAUACAGUGUAGAUAUUGUUAAUGUUGUAGAAGGCCAGCAUAUCGGGGUUUCCUCUUCACUGUUGACGUUGAGACUGGUGUUUUGCGGGUACUAUUUAUUGAAGAUGCCAGUUGGGGACUUUCUCAAACUAGACACUCUAAU